UCCUUCUCACCUACUCUAUAAUCUACUGUAAGUCUUUAAAACUGAAUGAACAAAUACUUUGACUGAAUGAAAAUCUGAGAUUUGCAGGCCACAGUCAUAGGGACAGUCACUAUUUGUGCGAACCCUUCACUUGUCUUCCUCUAGUCUUGGCCUCUGCUUUGCUUUGUUCUGCUGCUGCUGUUGCUGCCCAAGAGUUGAGAAGCACUCAGACCCGGUUCUGGUUCAGGUCACAGUUGGACCUGCAUCUUUAUUCCAGGAUCAGCGUUGAACUCCAAAGGAGACGCGAGACAAUGAUGCUAUUAUGAAUAAUCAUAAUGACUGAAACUAGAAGUACCGCACUAAUUUUCAGUUAAUAAAAGUAAUAAACAGCACCAUGAUGAAGCAGAGGAACACACGUAGUUCUGCUAAAUAUGUUUAAAUGCUUUAUUAUCCUAAUGCCAUCAGCCUGUAUUGAUGACAAUAUGAGCUGUGACAUUAGCUCGGGGCCUCUUCUGUCCGAACGGGGAAAUUAUCUUAAGAGUCUCAGCCUCUGAGAAAUGCAGUGCAGGUCAUGAGCUCCUACGGUUUGUGAGGAGCUCUAAAAUAAACCUUUUCUUCGCAGGUCAACCUGCAGUGCUUAGAAACCUUAUUAACGCUGAAUACGUAGACAGGUAAUGUGAGCCUAAAUGAGCAGAGGUGGUGAACUUGAAAAUUCGCUUGCUCCAGCCAGCAUGUGUGCUGAUUAGUUUAGAAUUUUAUUGCAAGGGGAGAAAAUUAAAAACAAGAAACAAAUAUUUGUUCAUGUAGUAAUUAGUUAACUUUUACAUGAUCAUCUGCACUUGACAUAAAGCUAUAACGUGUUGGCUGAGGGCACAGCCAGUGUGUCAGAGGAAGUCGCACACUAUUAGAUCCUUUCCCACUGUUAUACUUGAGCAUUUUUAACCACGAGAGAUUUGCGGGUUGCCAUCCUGUUUCGAAUGUUGUCUUUUCAUGUUAAUAUUGCUGCUUUCUUCUCGCACCUGUCUGUUUGGGCUGGAGGUGCUGUGUGAUGUUCCCGUUCCCACCCAAGGGGGUCUCCGUACAGGCUCAUUUCUACCUGUGGGCUGGCCCCCGCAUCUCGGCUCAGCGAGACGGUUCCAUCACGCCACUUCAGAGGCAAAGUCAAUAACAGGAGGCCGGUGGCUCAUUAAAGCGUUCGCAUAUGCAAAACGCGUCUAGGACGAUGGGCUCUUGCGAAGCUCGUUUUAUUUAUUCAUUCAUUCAUUCGCUUAAUUUUAUUUGUUUUUUAAAAAUUUUUUUGAGCCGAUCGUUCUACGGUGCAGCGGACAGAGAGAGCGAGACUUUGGAAGAGCGGCAGGGGGGAGAGGCAGAGCGAGAGGGGCUGGCGGACCCCGCGGCCGAGCCCCUGAUCAGACGCAUUGUGUUGCGUCGAGCCGCUGGCCCUGUUCUGCUGGCGCUGCGGGCUCCUGAGCUGGCGGGAGCGCGGGGGCUGCGUUCCUGCCUUUGAAGCUUCACCUCCCACUAAUUCUGGCCUUCCAAUUUACACACACUGUGCGCACCCCCCACCCCCCCCCCCCACGCCUUCUCCCCGCACCACCUCCCCUUGCCUUUGUUCCCCAUAUAAGGGCCGGUCCGGCCCAGCCGCCUCCUCGGCGCUCCUCCACGGUGCCUGCGUCGGGGACGUUGCGUGUUUUUUGUUUUUUGGCACCUCGCAUGGGUUCUGCUGCCGGAGGCUGGCAGCGCUGCCGGAACCUGGGAAUUGCGCGUCCGCUGUGUCACACGACUCCGCCAUGUUUUCCGUUUGGUCGCCUUGCGAAACAGUUUGCCCAAAGUGCACUUGUGCUGAUUGGAGCGAAGUCACCCGGGUUGAGGGCCUCUCUCUGGACCCGAACCAGUGCGUUCCCCCGCUUCCUAGGACUGGAGUUUUGCGAAUCCCGGGAUAAGUGGAGCUUCCGUAAAGUGGCCCGAUCCCUGGCGGGUAAACUUUGCCCAAGAUCAUAUGGAUGAGUACGCUGCUGUAGUCACUGCACUUUGCUCCGCAGAUGAGAAAAGGAAAGUGCACAACACGCAUCAGGAGUGUUCUGUUUGCCUAAGGAAGGAUGUGGAGGGUGGAGAUUUAGUAUUGAGUCCAGGGCUCCACGGACUUCGAUUGGCCACUUUGUCAGCAGGUGAGGUGUGACGCUCACCUGGGCUCUGAACAGGCUGUCAGCACCGCCUCCCAGUCCCCUCCACCUCACGCGUGCUGGACCAUGUCUAAAGGACAACCGGAGGAUGGCCAGACCGGCCAGGCCCUGGACAGGAGCAGCUGCGGUGAGGACGCGCAGCCCGCUGUGCCGGAGCGCCGGAGUCGCAGCGGAAUCAUCAGCGAGCCGCUGAGCAAGAGCCUGAAGAACUCGCGCGCCUUGUCGCAGUACACGGCCAGCUGCUCGGCCGCCAACGGGCUGCUGCAGAACGGGGCCUCCAGCGGGGCGGUGAGGAGCGACUCGGUCGCUGUGUCCCUCAAACAGCAACAGCAGCAGCAGCAGCAGGCGGCGGCGGCGGCGGCGGCAACGGGGAAGCCGGAGCGGACCUUGGACCAGGUUCUGGAGGCGCAGAACGGGCUGCUGCAUUUCGCCCAGGCGGCGGCGCUGCUCAAACGCGCCGGCAUGGAGCACAUGCUGCUGCCGGGGGACCAGGCAGCGGGCGCCGGUGACCUGGAGGGCGUAUCCGGCUCCGAUGCCGUCGCCAGCCCGGCGGACUUCCCUUACAUCGGCGGCUUUCCCUUCAACCCGGGCCUCUUCAUCAUGACGCCCGCCGGAGUCUUCCUCGCAGACAGCGCGCUGCACAUGGCCGGCCUAGCCGAGUACCCGAUGCAGAACGAGCUGGCGUCCGCCAUCAGCUCGGGCAAGAAGAAGCGGAAACGGUGUGGCAUGUGCCCGCCCUGCCGCCGGCGGAUAAACUGCGAGCAGUGCAGCAGCUGCCGGAACCGCAAAACGGGCCACCAGAUUUGUAAAUUCCGCAAGUGUGAGGAACUUAAAAAGAAGCCGUCCGCUGCUUUGGAGAGCUUCAGCGUGGACUUCCUCCGCAGCCACGCAGCCGUCGACACCCGCCGACACCAUCGCGCUCCCGCCCCGACCCUGCUUCCCUGAGGCUGACCCCCCCUCUCCUCUCUUUCUCUCCAAGAAGGUGAUGUUGCCGACGGGAGCGCCCUUCCGGUGGUUCCCGUAAGGACUCGGACCCCCGAAGCUCGGUGAUCACGUGCAAUGCCACCGCUGGCUUGGAUUGUCGCCCGUGUGGCUGCGGACCCUGUGGCCGAAAAACAAACGCAGAGUCGAAAACAAAAAAAAGAAUAAACAAAAAAA